ACCGGGAGCGGGGCGGCGGCUCCGCCUCUUCCUGCGGCGGGCGCGAUGCCCCCGGAGCCCCUGGUGUGCGCCCAGACGGCCACGCGGGUGAGCUCCGUGCUGAACCGGGACGUGAAGCAUUUUGGGAAGCAGCACCUGUUCGAUGGCAGCGAGGAGACCUGCUGGAACUCAGACCAGGGCACAUCCCAGUGGGUCACCCUGGAUUUCCCCCGUCCUGUCAAGGUCUCAGAGCUCCACAUCCAGUUCCAGGGGGGAUUUUCCAGCCGGCUCUGCACGCUGGAGGGCUGCAGAACAGGUGAGGAACUGGUGAAAAUCUCGGAGCUGUACCCCCAGGACAACCAUGCCAUGCAAAGGUUCCAGGUGGAGGAGACUGUGCUGGAUAAGCUGAAGAUCACCUUUGGGAGCAGCACGGAUUUUUUUGGGAGGAUUGUGAUUUAUCACCUGGGGGUGCUGGGGGAGAGGCUCUAGAGGGGCUGUCCCCAAUUUUGGGGGGCUCUGAAAACCCCCCUGAGGGGGAUCCCUGUCCCCUGAGGUGACAUGGGAAGGUGUGGUGGCAAAAUUCUAGAAUGCUGAAGGGCAAAUUCCAAAAUUCCAGAAUGCUGAGGGGCAAAUUCCAAAAUUCUGAGGGGCAAAUUCCAGAAUUCCAGAAUGCUGUGGGGCAAAUUCCAGAAUGCUGAAGGGCAAAUUCCAAAAUUCCAGAAUGCUGAGGGGCAAAUUCCAAAAUUCCAGAAUGCUGAGGGGCAAAUUCCAAAAUGCUGAGGGGGAAAUUCUGAAAUUCUAGAAUGCUGAGGGGCAAAUUCUAAAAUUCCAGAAUGCUGAGGGGCAAAUUCUAAAAUUCUGAGGGGCAAAUUCCAAAAUUUCAGAAUGCUGAGGGACAAAUUCUAAAAUUCUGAGGGGCAAAUUCCAAAAUUCUGAGGGGCAAAUUCCAAAAUUCCAGAAUGCCAAGGGGCAAAUUCUAAAAUUCUGAAGGGCAAAUUCCAAAAUUUCAGAAUGCUGAGGGACAAAUUCUAAAAUUCUGAGGGGCAAAUUCCAAAAUUCUGAGGGGCAAAUUCCAAAAUUCUAGAAUGCUGAGGGGCAAAUUCCAAAAUUCCAGAAUGCUCAGGGGCAAAUUCCAAAAUUCUGAGGGGCAAAUUCCAAAAUUCCAGAAUGCCAAGGGGCAAAUUCCAAAAUUCUGAGGGGCAAAUUCCAAAAUUUCAGAAUGCUGAGGGACAAAUUCUAAAAUUCUGAGGGGCAAAUUCCAAAAUUCUGAGGAGCAAAUUCUAAAAUUCCAGAAUGCUGAGGGGCAAAUUUUCACCCAGUCUGCCCAAAAAUUUGGAUUGGGAUGGGCUGAGGAAGCA